UCGCGAACCAGGAAGGAGAACAGGGGGAAACCCCUUAUCAUCACAAAUUCACCAAAUUGAAGCCCUAAAUGUGAUCCUAAGUUCGUGCAUGUCUUAAUAUUGGAUCAUCUACGCAUUAUUAAACACAAGGAAUAAAAGAAGAAAGCUCAAAUCAAUCCGGGUCGCAAACGAAGGACGGCAAAGAUGGCAAGUGGAGGAAACACGGAUACUACCGAACGUAUAACUCGAAACGAGUUAAACAAGAUGAUUUCGGAUGAAGUAACGAAGGCAUUUGAUGCAAACGUUUCAAAGUUAGCACAAGAAGUGGAGGGUCAGGUACUAAGUACAGUGGAAAAUAUGGUUACGAGCAAAGUGGAUGAAUUGAAGGAAAUGAUAACAGGGAUUCAAAGCAAGAAGGAGGCAAGACGGUGCACCUACAAGGAUUUCAUGGCAUGUAAGCCUGCCACUUAUAAUGGGGAAAUUGAUCCCAUCGAAUGCCAAAGAUGGAUAGCUAAUAUGGAGGGGGUGUUCAUUCGAAGUCAUUGUGACAAGGAAGAUCAAGUCAUGUUUGCCACAGGGCAACUUACACGAAGGGCUAAAGAUUGGUGGGAUUCGUAUAGUAAGGAGAUCGGAGAAAAUAGAGUUCAAACUUUGACUUGGCAAGAAUUCAAACAACCUUUUGUCAAGUACCAUUGUCCACAAUCAGCUGUGGAUCGAAUCCAGGAAGACUUUCUCCGACUCCGACAAAAGGAUGAAUCAGUCAAUGAGAUCACGAACACUUUCCUUGAUCAACUGAAGUUUUGUGAAGAAAUAGUCGGAACGGAGAGGAAGAAGAUUAUCCGUUAUCAUGGCAUGCUUAAGGCUGAAAUCCGGGAGUUCAUAACUCCUUCUAAAUGUGGAACUUUGGACGAGAUUAUUGAUCUGGCAAGGGAUAGGGAAAUUGAGAUAAGGAGGCAAGAUGAACGUGGGGAGAAAAGGCAAGUUGAGAAGGGAUCAACACAAGGCUCUUCUAAGAAACCCAAAAUGCAUGAUCAAGGAAAGAAAGAAGUUUCCAAAGGCGGGUUUCCACGAUGUAAGACAUGCGGAAAACCCCAUUCCGGUGAAUGUUUAUUGGGAAGGAAGGGGUGUUACAAUUGCGGACAAGAAGGGCAUCCGUACUAUAAUUGUCCGAAUCCCAAAAGGGUGUGCUACAAUUGUAACGAAUCGGGCCAUGUGAAGGCUGAAUGCCCAAAGCUAAAACAAGGGGUGAAGAAGGAAGGGAAGAAAGAAGAACCCACGAAAGCUAAGGGAAGAAUGUUCCAAAUCUCCACGGAAGAAGCAAGAGCUCACCCGAAUGUGGUCUCAGGAAUAAAAGAAGAAAGCUCAAAUCAAUCCGGGUCGCAAACGAAGGACGGCAAAGGUAAAGCAACUUGUUGACGGCGCUACUUGGGUUGAACACACUUGUGAGGCACGCUUCCGCGAAGAUAUUAGUUUGGGUUAAAACUUUUGUUAAAUGUGCUUUUUGACUAAAACGGGUCUUUUUGUAAGUAACGUAACUUGGUCGUUGUAAGUUGUCGAAUUUGUAGUUGAAGACUAUGUAGUCGUUUACGAAAUGUUGGCUUGUAGCUAUUUUGUAACUCCUCGUUAGUUAUGUCAUGGUUAAAAAUAGAAUUUUUACUUGUUAAUUA